AUGACACCACAAGAAGCAUGGAAUGGGAAGAAGCCUUUAGUUGAUCAUUUCAAGAUGUUUAGGUGCAUUGUAUAUGCACAUGUACGUGAUCAAAGAAGAAAGAAACUCAAUGACAAAAGAGAGAAGUGUGUAUUUCUCGGUGUAAGUGAAACUCCAAACGCUUACAAGUUAUUCAAUCUGGUGACAAAGAAGGUUGUAAUAAGCAGAGACGUGGUGUUUGAAGAAGAAACCAUGUGGAAUUGGACUGAUGGCAACUCAAUUCAAAAUCCAAUACUAGAUAAUGAUGCAUCAGAUUGUGACAUAGAGGAAGUUCCUGAUAUUCAAGAGCAACAAUCACUCCAACCUAUGGCUCAACCUCAUCAACAAUUAGAAGAAGAAAGUGGUUAUAAUUUGAGGGAUGAAAAUACGAAAAAAAAGCCAACGUGGAUGAUGGAUUAUGAUGUAAGUAAUUCAAGUUCUGAUGAUGAUAAUGCUCAUUUUGCAUUGUUUGUAGACAGUGAUCCAAUUACAUAUGAUGAGGUCAUUAAAGAAAAGAAAUGGAGGAAAGUAAUGGACAAUGAAAUAAAGUCCACUGAGAAGAAUCACACUUGGGAGCUAACUGACUUGCCUAAGGGACAAAAAACCAUUGGUGUUAAAUGGGUUUUCAGGACAAAGAUGAAUGAAAAAGGAGACAUCGAUAAGCACAAAGCUCGAUUGGUGGCAAAGAGUUAUAAGCAGAAGCAUGGCAUUGAUUACAAGGAAGUGUUUGCACCAGUUGCAAGGCAAGAUACAAUUAGGUUGGUGAUUUCACCAGCAACACAAAAUUCAUGGUCAAUCUUUCAGUUAGAUGUGAAGUUAGCAUUCUUGCAUGGUGUUUUGCAAGAGGAAGUGUAUAGUGACCAGCCAUCUAGUUAUGAGAAGAAAAGGAAGGAAGAAAAAGGUGUACCGAUUCAAGAAAGCACUCCAUGGACUAAAACAAGCACCAAGAGCUUGGUACAGUCGCAUAGAUGCUCACUUUGCCAAGCUGGGAUUUCACAAAUGUCCCUUGGAGCACACUUUUUAAGUUAA